AGACGUGAAAACGCCUCCGUUGUCACCGCAGCGCCGCAGAAACCCUCCCGUUUGCCCGGCUGAUGCCUGGAUGACCCCCGCCUGGAUCAUCGCCUCCCUCACUCCUUGAGUUUGACAGCUGAUUGCAGCUCAUCCAGCAGGAGAUCCUCCUCUUGUUUUCUCUUCCUUCUCCCUGAAAUGAGGCGAACGGCGGACAUGAAGAGCACAUGUCUGUGGGCCGCCGCUGCGCUGCUGUCACUCAGCUCUCUGGUGACCAAUGCUGAUUCCCCUCACUCCGGAAGUUCGGACUUGAGACAGAGCUCCAAAUCCAAAGUGAAGACGUACUGGACUGAAAGCAACAAAGCGGUCUCCAUCAGUCGCCUGCUGUCUCAAACCAUCUACGGAAAGGAGAACUUCACCUCGGUGGAUCUGAAUUAUAACGACGCGGACGCCUACUCCAAACCGGAGCAGUGGAACUGGCUUUACAACGUUUCAACUCCGCGCGACCCGCGGCCUCGCACGAAAAGACGGCCCAUCGUCAAGACCGGGAAGUUCAAGAAGAUGUUCGGCUGGGGCGAUUUCCAUUCUAACAUCAAAACCGUGAAGCUGAACCUCCUCAUCACCGGGAAAAUAGUGGAUCACGGCAACGGCACCUUCAGCGUCUACUUCCGGCACAACUCCACCGGCCAGGGCAACGUUUCCGUCGGGCUCGUUCCCCCGACGAAGGCAGUGGAGUUCCAGGUCCAUCCGCAGCAGCACUUCCACCAACAUAACCACAACCAGCAGCAGCAGACGGCUCUGGAGACCAAAGACACCAAGCUGUUCAACUGCAGGGUGGAGUAUGAGAAGGUGGAGAAGGGCACCAGGAACUCUCUGUGCGCCCACGACCCGUCGCAGAGCUGCCCGCAGGAGCAGACGCAGAGCCACGUGUCCUGGCUGUGCUCCAAACCCUUCAAGGUCAUCUGCAUCUUCAUCACCUUCUACAGCACCGACUACAAGCUGGUCCAGAAGGUCUGCCCGGACUACAACUACCACAGCGACACCCCCUACCUCCCCACUGGGUGAUCACAUGACCAAACAGGAAGGGAGAAAGACACACCGUCUGCCGGGCCAGGAGUCCAACUUCAGAUGUUGACCAACUUAUUUUUCUUUUUUCCUUUAAAUUACAACAGACGUAUCCUUGUGAGAGGAGGAAGAGUUCGUUAGGGAAGAACUUCUAGGAUUGCAAUACCAUUAAUAAAUGCAUAGCUGUUUUUGGAAAGGAAGCUCAAGCAAACUGUGAACAUACACCGAUUGUAUUCAUGUAAAUAUUCUGGACUACAGCACACACACAAAAAAAGGUUUUAUUAUCAUUGUUUCCUCUCCAACUAAUUUACUUGUUUAUGUUGAUGGUGUAUUUCCGUCUCAAUCAUGCUUCGUGUCUUCUUCAAUCAGUCUCUGGUAAUCUUUGCAAAUGCAUAAAUGUCAAUGCAAAUAAGAAGAAUCUUUCAGCACGCGUUUGGAGGGCGUAAUGGAAAACGCAAACAAUAUUUCGAGUGGUGUUGUUUUCCGCAGUGUGGUUCGUUAAGAGCGAGUGUAUCUCUCUGAUGUCGUCGUUGGACUCUCAUCCAUGUUCAUGCAUGAAUCGAAUGUGGUGAACGGCUAAAUAAGGCCCGUUUAUAUUGUCAUUUUAUUGCUCCUGUCAGAAGAAAUCUUCGUCAAGUCUCAGCUGCGAUAGGAAACAAGGUAGAAAACAGUUCUGUUGAAAACAGUUGUGUGUUUGAGGUGACACUGAAUGACACCAUCUGGGAGCGCCAAACAGAUCAAAAAUGUUGCAAUAAAUAAAUAAAAGUUGCAGAAGACAUGAAAGAUGACAGAGAUGCAGAAGGUUAUUUUCUGUGCAAAAAAUAACUGCUCUAAAUCAGUUUCUCUUUAAAUAUUUUUUUUCUUUUGAAUGUUGCAUAAAACAAAAAUGGUGUAAUAAAACAAGGAGCUGGUAGAGAAAUAUGUAAUCAAGUAUUCACUUGAUACACUGCAAAAACAGAAAGUUUUACCAAGUAUUUUAACUGGUUUUUAGUGCAAAUAUCUUAGAAAUGAGACAAAACUAGAUAACUUUUCGUCAGGACAUAGGAACUUUAUAUAUAUAUAUAUAUAUAUAUAUAUAUAUACUGUUUAUUUAAUAUUUUUCAUUACAAUGAAACGUACAACACACACAGAACUUGGGGCACUGAUUCAUAGUUAAAUAUAGUAGCUUUUUGAGUUAAUUACUCCCUAAUAUUGAUGAAAAAAAUGAAAAAUUAUUUCACUUAAACAUGAAAAAAAUAUCUUAUUGUAAAUUAAAUAAUCCAACAAUAGAACUGGUACGUUUAUCACUAUUAAGGAAUUAUUUUCUCAAAACAAGCAAACUGAAAAGUUACCUAUAAGUUAAUUUUCUUCUUUCAAAUGUACUAAGAUAUUUGCAGUGGAAAAUUCAACCAAAAUUACUUGGUUUAAGAUUUUGUGUUUUUGCAGGGUAGCCAUCUGUUCCAGACAGCCAAAACAAAUACUUUGUUUAAAAAUAUAGAACAAAAAAUGAAAGAUAAAAUCUGUAAGUUCAACGUGUAAAAGCCAUAAAAAUCUCCAAAGGAGAGAACGUGAAUUAAAUCAGCAGGCGCUAAUCACAUAUCAAAUGUUUGCACCUCUGGUUAUCAGAAAAGGCAGAUUAUGCAUCAGACUAACACUUCUGCUAAUGACACUGGAUGUUGCGAUCAGCCAUUAAAGCUUCAUUACAUGAAUUGGAAGCCAGUGGCUCCAUGCAAGGCAUUUGGAGAAAAUGAACACAGUAAAAGAAGGAAGCUCUGCAGAGUCAACAGCACAGAGUAGAGAAUGAAUUAAAAUGCCAAUAGGAAACCUGUAUGAAAAAAGAAAAAAAAAAGUACAAAUGUGCACCUAGGGGCACAAUCACUGCUGUCUAUUUAAAUUCAGAGCCCUUUCACUGUGUAUGCAGUCCUAUGCACAGCUCUGUUAAUAGCAGCCUGGACUACUUCCAAUAUGCGAAGGAGGGCUGAAUUUUCUGACAAGGCGGCCUAAAGAACUCGUCUGCCUGUGGGAUGAGAGCGCGCAAAGAGGAAUUUAUGAUGUGGAGGAACGAGGCUGGCAGAAAUCACUGGAAACACCUGACUCGUAAAUUGAGAGCGUGUUUCUGUCAGCGACAAGAAGGAAUGACUAAUGUUUCAGAUUGCUGUUUGGGCCAGUUCUUUCAUCUCAAUAAAGUGACUUUGAUAGUUUGCCGCCCAUAGAAAAAUGUGCCAGGGACAGUUUGUUAAGCUUCAAAGAAUUAAAGCGGCACUUUGCAGAGACAAUGCAGCCUCAUUAUGCACAUAAUCUCGCAAGUGUAAACAGUCUGGCAGGAAAGUGUUGGGUGUGAGAGCUGCUGAAAGACAUCUGUAAUUGCAUAUUUUUCUGCAUACCCUUUAAGACCCUGACAAAAAUAACC